AUGGCGACCAUGACGGCCGAGGAGCGGUUCGCCCUCAUCCAAGAAAACCUGGAGGAGGUUCUGAACCCCGAAAUCAUCCAAAAGAUUCUGAACGAGGGAAAGAAUCCAAAGAUUUACUGGGGAACCGCGACGACGGGCAGGCCGCAUUGCGGCUACUUCGUGCCCGCGAUCAAGAUUGCGCAGCUCCUCGCGGCGGGGUGCGAAAUGACCAUCCUGCUCGCCGAUAUCCACGGAUUCCUCGACAACCUCAAGGCCCCCAUCGAGCUCGUGGAGCAGCGCGCGUUAUUCUACAAGCAGUGCAUCACCGCCAUCCUCCAGGCCGUGGGCGUGUCGACGGACAAGCUAAAGUUCGUCCUCGGCAGCUCGUACCAGAAGAAUGCGGACUACGUCAUGGACGUGUACCGCAUGUGCUCCGUCAUCUCCGAGCACGAUGCCAAGAGGGCGGGCGCGGAAAUCGUCAAGCAGUCGGACAAUGCGCCGCUGAGCGGUCUCCUCUACCCGAUUCUCCAGGUGCUUGACGAGCAGUACCUUGAUGUAGAUGCGCAGUUUGGAGGUCUCGACCAGAGGAAGCUCUUUAUUGCGGCCAAGGACUGGCUGCCGAAGCUCGGAUACAGGGAGCGCGCGCAUUUGAUGAACCCCAUGGUUCCUGGACUACAAGGCGGCAAGAUGAGUGCUAGCGACCCCAACAGCAAGAUUGACCUUCUUGACGCCGCCGAUGUGGUAGCAAAGAAGAUCAAGAAGGCCGAAGCAGCUCCUUUGGUGGUGGAGGGCAACGGCAUCCUCGCCUUUGUAGAAUUUGUGUUGCUACCCGCGGCGGGCCUCAAGGGCAAGCGCGAAUUCGUUGUCAAGCGCGAGAGGGAUGGCCUUGAGCCCCUCGUUUACACUGAUAUCUCCAAGAUUCAGGAGGACUACAAGAACGAUGUCUUGACUCCCCAACUUAUCAAGCCUGCGGAGAAGAAGAAGGAGAAGAAGGUGAAGAACAAGGGCACCCGAUACCCCGGAGGUGGUGCCCCUCCUGCUACGGGCGAGGCCCUGCCUAUUCGCUCGGCCGAAGGCGACAAGCCUGCCGCGUAA